AUGAACAACGAUCAGUUUCGCCGUCUUAUCGAGAGAGAUGGGCCCGCAAAGUCUCCAGCGAGCAAUGGCGCAUCGCCAACUCCGCCACGCGCACUCGCCCUAGGAUCUAAACAGAGAUCGAGCAUUCCUAUGACGCCUCGCUCCGUCGCCUUUAGCAGGUCCGAUUUCCAGCGGCAGCUGGCCGAGCAGGGCCGAGGACAACGGCCACAGAAGAAACUCAAGGCAUCGGCACCGAAAGGGAGCAAGCUUGCCCAUGGCUACACCGACCGAACAAAAACGAGAGAGGACGAAGAAAAGGAUGAACGCGCAGCGAAGCUUAAAAACCUAGAAGAGUCUCUUAGGAAGGAAGAGAUAGAUCAAGCAACAUACGACACGCUGCGGGCGGAAAUAGCCGGUGGAGAUCUCGAGAGCACACAUCUCGUCAAAGGCCUGGACUUUAAGCUGCUUGAGCGAAUACGGAAGGGCGAAGAUGUGUACGGCAAUAAGAAACAAGACGCCGACGACGGUAAUGACGAUGACGAUGACGAUGACGAGCCCAAGCCCGAGGAAGUGGAUGACGCAUUUGACGAAUUGGAAGAAGCCAAACUGGAGGCUGUUUCGAGAGAGGCAACAAGCAAGAAAGGGCAGAUCGCCGCGGUGACUGCACUGAAACCAGGCCAAAAGCGGUCCAGGGCUAUGGUGCUCGCAGAACUGAAGGCGGCCAGAGAGGCGGCCAAGGCCAAAGAACAAUCGAGUCUUGGAUCGAAAUUCAAGAAGAUAGGCGACAAGACGCCCGGCUCCCGAAUAGAACGAGACAGCAAAGGGAGAGAGGUACUUAUCAUAGUCGAUGAGGAUGGGCACGAAAAGCGCAAAGUGCGUAAACUUCAGCCCGAGACCCACCAAGAUGUGGAAGAGACGAGCUCGCGUGACCUGAUGAUGCCAGAUAAAGACGCCAAACCUUUAGGCAUGGAGGUGCCGGACAUCUACAAGACCAAAAACGAAGAAGUAGAAGAUGAAGAUGAUGACAUCUUUGGUGAUGUCGGGGAUGAUUAUGACCCACUAGCAGGACUUGGGGAAGACUCUGAUGAUGAUGAAGACGAAGAUGCAGAAAAGCCAGCAAAGUCCGCAGAAGAGACAAGACAGUCCCAAGAUCGAGACGCGAUGCCACCGCCGCCAAAACCGGCUUCUACGACAGAGGCGAGGAAUUGGUUCAAAGACUCGAAAACUGCCUUGGCUUCUUCUCAAACAUUACAGGCGCCAUCACUGUCGGACCCAGCAAUUCUCGCAGCUCUCAAGAAAGCAGCGUCUAUUAAUGCCAGAUCUUCCGAGGAAGAGGAUGAGGAGGCGAAAGCGAAGGCAGAACGUCGGAGACGAAUGCUACAGAAUGACGAUCGCGACGCCGAGGACAUGGACAUGGGCUUUGGCACCAGCAGGUUUGAGGAUGAGGCUGACUUUGACGACAAGCAACCGAAGCUCUCCAAGUGGGGGAACGGUGCUGACGAUGAUGGUGACGAUGGAAAGGGCGGUGAUGGUAAACCGAAGCGGAAGAGGGGUGGGAAGAAGCGAAAGGGAGAUGUGAAUAAUGCCGAGGACGUGAUGCGCGUUCUUGAGCAGCGGAAAACUACGAAAUAG